CUCUCUCGCUCUCUCUCUCUCUCUCUCUCUCUCUCUCUCUCGGUCUCCGCCUGUGUCUCUCUCCCCCCUCUCCAUCCACACCAAAAGCUCUUUAGGCUACUUUGCGCAUGUACGGCCAGUCAAACCGAGUAUUGCAUCGACUCCAAGAUGGCGAAAACACGUCUGGCUUGCCUCCUGACUCUCCUCUCAACUCACUGCUACUUCAGCGUGUUAGCAGUGGUCCUGAGAACAAGUGACGAGUCACCUUGGACCAAUGAGUUUGACAAAAUUGAGUUAUCAUGUUUGAUUGAGUCCAUUUCUACAACCAAUCCCAGAAUUGAAUGGAAGAAGAUAACAAGUGAGGGACCAAGUUAUGUGUACUUUGACAAGAAGAUCUCAGGUGACUUGGAGAACAGAGCGGUGAUCAGAGAACCUGCCACAUUACUGAUAACUAAUGCCACAAGAUCGGACACAGCCAAAUAUCGUUGUGAGGUCACCGCUGCUGAUGACCUGAAGUCAUUUGAUGAGAUUGUGAUUAACCUCAUCGUAAGAGUAAAGCCGGUGGUGCCAAAAUGCAGCGUCCCAAAAUCUGUGCCUUUUGGGAAGUCAGCUGAGCUCAGUUGUGUGGAGGACGAGGGCUUCCCUAAGUCUCAGUACCAGUGGUUCAAGAACAAUGAGGAGAUCCCAGACGACCCCAAGACCAGCCUCAAGUUCUCCAACUCCUCAUACACACUCAACGCAGACACAGGAACUCUGAAGUUCAUCGCAGUCAGAAAAGAAGAUGGCGGUGAUUAUUUCUGCCGAGCGAAGAACGAUGCAGGAUUCUCUCAGUGUCCAGCCCAGCCGAUGGAAGUCUAUGAUAUCGAUGUUCUUGGGAUUGCGCUGGGAGUGCUGGUGGUGGUCAUAGUGCUCUUAUGUAUAACAGUGGGGAUCUGCUGUGCAUACAAGCGAGGCUUCUUCUCAAGCGAAAAACAGACAGGGAACAAUUAUAAGGUUCCAGCUAAAGGAGACGGAGUGGACUAUGUCAGGACGGAGGAUGAGGGGGAUUUCCGACACAAGUCGUCAUUUGUGAUCUGAAAAGCGACGGGAUGAUGAGGGGCAUUGUGCUGAGUGAAAGACAUGACAUUGUGGGACUGCACUCCACGCUGUCUGACCACGGAGCUGCCACGGUUCAUGCUCGGAGCUCUCAGCAUGACUGAAAUCCAACUACUCAAGUUUGCCAAAGGUGACAGGAUUCCACAGGACAAACAAUAUGUUCAACCGUUACACAUGUAGGGACUGAGAUCCAUCUGUCAGCUUCUCUCACCACCGACUGAAUUCUUUUAGAGAUUAUGGAAUUUUUUUUUUUGUUUUACAGUUAUUGGUUUAUAUAUUGGUUUCAAACACCGAUCGAGGUGGAGAAAAAGAAAACACGUAUUUGUUCCGCAGGUAGAAAAGGAGGAGUCUCCCUCCUCCACAGUCAGUCUAUCAUGACAUCUUUCUACUAUAAACAUCUAGCUUCAAACCUUUUGUCAUUUGUAUAACAUUUCUUUUCUACUGUUGAAAUUUGUCAGACUAUUUUUGAUGGAAUAUAUUUUAAAAUGCCUAUAGAUAAAGGUUUACUUUUUUAAAUAUUUGUAAAAUACUAACAUGUGUUCUUUUUUUUAUUUGGUUGUGAUAAAAAACAAAAAAUAUGUAACACUUUAACCACUUUGCAUCAAGCUGUAAGCAUUUACACCUUUGCAAUCAGAAGACAGGAAGACAGAAGGGGAAACGGCUUGUGUUAGCAUAUCAAGAUGUGGUUCUUGAUCGGCGGUCUUACAUAUUUAAUUUUCUGUUGUGACAGACUUCCAUGUUAAUGUUUGUAGAUAGUCUUUGUAAGAGGCUUUGAAGAGUGCCAGUCAAAUGCUGUGAAACACUGUGCACAAUCAGUGCUGCAUUUUCUUGAUUUUAAGUGUCCUUCUAUGCUUGCUGUUAAUCUUGUAUAUAUUGAAUUUGCUGUCCAGGAUAGAGUUUUGCUGUCAUACAUACUUUCAGUAUUACGCUAUGAUAAUGCUAAUAAUAAUAUUAUUAUUACUAAUAAGACAGGGUUUGUAAGUUAACCUCCCAGACCCAAACAAAACCAGAGGCAAUGAAAAGAUGUAAUACUUUGGUACUUCUGCCAUUUUACUGUGUGUUUGAAUUGCGAGUAGAAACACGCAGGAUGACCUUAGAACAAAGUGAGUCAUCAGGACUUUAUUACUGGAACUACUCAGUCAACUAUUCUUAACUCUUUAGUACAUACACAGACCAGACAUGGACCCUGGUUGAUAUUUGCUGAAGUCCAAGCCGUUUACAAACCACUUUUGCUAAAUGUGCUAAUUAGAGAGUAGAGCUCAUCUAACAUUUCUGACCUUUAGUUGUGUUUUAGUUGAAAAGAAAAUGUACUUUAGGUUUGACCGAAGCUCAUAUUGGACUCAUUCCUCUCGGCAAAGCUGAAGGCACGCAGGACUAGCCCUACUCUUCACACGGCCGGGGUCUGGAGGGUUAACCGUCGUUCUGAUUGUAUAUAGAUAUUUGUUUUUGUUUUUUUGUUUUUUUUCCUCUCUCAAGAAAAUGUAAAGUGGUGAAAAAUGUUUAAAAAAAAAAAAAGAAAGAAAUUCCUAUCUGAGGCAAUAUGAAACUCUUUCCAUAUGUAAGACUGAGAAAAAGGUGGCAUUUUAUGAUUUAAUUCAUAACACAUGAACAAGAGCUUCUCAACUGCAGCGCGAGUCAGUUUUUAAAAAAGGUAUUCAGAACAAACAGCUCUCUGGCAGAGGCGCCAUGCCCAUCUUUGCUAUUUGUAUUUCUUUUUUUUUUUGUAUUUGUAUUUGAUUUUAUUUAUUUUUUAUAGUGUGUAGUUCUGAUCGUUUUAUAUAGUCUAACAUAUUUUUCUCAUACCUUUAAAGGUCACACUGCCCUUUCACUAAGGUAUGGUUUCUUCCAAAAGCUGAAACUGGGGAUUCCUUCUGGAGUCUUGCACAUCGACAUUAGAAGGGAUCGUCCGGUAUUUUUAAACCUGGGCCCUUUAUCUACAUGUUUGGGUGUGUUAAUGAUUCAUACUGGACAAAAUUAAGGCAAUUACUGAGUGAAUAAAUUAGUGUCGUUUUCAGUUGCCAUAAUGGCACCGUGGAAAUAUUCUCAGUAUUUAUCCCGAUAUAUAGCGAGAAAUUACUUGAGUGAAGAUUUAAAACGAUCCCCAUGAAUAUUUCAGUACAUGUCAUCGUUUUAUUUUUUUGUUUCUGGGGAAGGACCCCCAUGCCCCUGACUUAAAUUGUAACCCCAAGGAAUUGUACGCCUGAACUCAAUCAUUUAAGGUGUGAUUAUUUUAAUUAAAUAAUUAAAACAAUUAGCCAAACGCAAGAUUUAAGAGUAUCAGUAUUCCCAUAACUUCCAUGCAGAUUAUAUGAAUCUCUUGUUCAGCUGUUAUUGAUGAUGGUGAAAUGUUAAACGAGUACCAGUCGUGGUAGAGACGAUCUGCCCAACAUUUGCACAUAGGAAGCUGUCAACACUACUCAGUCUUUUCCAGGUUAACUUGUUGCAGUAAGGAACCAAGAGAGAAAAGUCUACUAUUUACCCGAUAAGGUUCUCAAAUGACUCCUAUUACAGAUGCAUUAUAUGGCGAGCACACAGAUCCAUACAUUUGCCCUCUUCAUUUGUAUAAAUUUCAUUCCUCUUAAGUGCCUUCUGACUUCAGAGCAGUCCAGUUUCUCUGCAGCCAUGCUCUCGCUCACUUGUACAUUUUUCCGACACCGUCGGGGGGCUUCACGUUUUGCAGUCAUUGAACCACAAACAUGGCGUUUGAGAGGAAUGAUAUCAAAUUUCCACUUCCCUUCUCUUCAUACGUAUCUGCAAAUUUGUAAAUAGCUUUUUUUUUUUUUUUCCAUAGAUUUGAAGGUGUAGACAUGUUGAAGUAGAAAUAGAAAUAUAUUUAGUGCCUAAAUAUAGUGGGAAUUAUUUUUUGGCAGAGACACGUAGCACUAGAAGGCAAAAGAAAAAAAAAGAUGGAUACCCAAAGCAGGGACGUUUAUAUAUGAGCUGUUUAAAGAGACGCUAUGUCCUGGCUAACUGUUUCACUUUUAUAAACACAGGCAGCCGCGGGGAAUCUGAUUCUGUAACCCACCACCGCUCCGCUGCUUUCAGAUAUGAACACAGUGUUCGAAACCAAGAGUUGACUCCAUAUUCAUGAAAGUGUCGUGCAGCCGUAAUGGAGCUCUAAUUAUUCAGGCAGUGUGAGCGUUUUGUGAAACACAAUUCAUGCAAAGUGUCAGGAAUCCAUGUAGAGGGGCUACAUGUAGGACUGCAUUCAGCCCACAGGCAGCGCUGAUCGGGUCUGUCCGUGAUCUGGUUGGAAGUUGUGAGGGCGGCGGCGAUAGAGAUUAUAUUUACAUCCCAGUGAGAGCUUAUUUACAUCAUUCACACCACAGCGAGAGAGAUGGCUUCCACUGUGUGUUCGUGUUAAGACGGAAAGUUAGGCUAACUCACCACUGUUUUUCAACUCAAGGAGAGCAGCGCUCCACUGAUCCAGCACUGUAAAACUGUUUUUGACUGAGGACUGGUGCAUCAUGUAAGAAAAACAUGAUUUUCUGAACCAAACUCACAUACAGUAGAAUGUCCAUACGGGGGCCUGCUGGGGCUGUUUCUGUUCAUUUUAGAACCACUCUAUUUGUGAUUAAUAAAACUCACUUCUGGUAUUACUG